AUGUCUACCCCUUUGCUCCAGCAAUUCCCAUCCCUUGCUCACUAUCCCUCGUCAUUCCUCAAGGACCUAUUAUCCUCUCCUCAACUGACUGAAGCUUUCCUUUAUACUCUGCCAGAAGUGCAGCAGCUAGCUGAGGAAGUUGAAAAACUAGGAAGGGAGAAUGAGGAGAUAGCACAUCGCAAUUUGGAGCUACGGGACGAGCUGAUUGCUCUUCGUGACGCUACUGCUCAAUCUUACGCACAUGCGGAGGGUCAAAAAGCGAGAUGGGCAGAUAUCGAAAAGGCUCAGACGGCCCUGUAUCAACGCCAUCGCCCUUCAUUUCUGCAUCUCCGCCUGAAACACUCCAUCACUGCUCAGGAUGAUCUCUCCGAAAGAAUCGCAUCAAGCUUCAUCGAAGGCAAGAAUGGCGGAAGCCAACGAACGACACCCGUUGGUGGCGCUGCAGAUGGUUGUGGACCUGGGUCAAGAGUCGAUUCCCCAGCUUUCGGACAUGGAGAUGCUUCGACUCCAAACGGAACCAAAUCCAUCGAAGACUUUAUCCAAGACUUCAAAGCUGCUAGAAAAGUGUAUCAUAAACGGGCCAUAUGGGCUGAGAGAUGGACGAGGGGUGAAGUUGCUUGGCGUGAUGACUGA